CAAACAUUCGAGCUCGCUCCUAACUGCGAGAGCAGAAGUUUCGUUUUCAGCAGUCAAAGUCCAGCUAGCGCAGCUUCAUCAGGAAAAGUGCGAUUUCACGAUGUUUGUAGGGGUGACGUUGCUAGCAUUUGUCUCCCUUAUUGUGUGUUCUUCCGCUGAGUUGAUAGCUUUUCCCAGUGGAGAGGAAUUGAAUUCCUUGUCUAUCGAUGAAGCUCAAUUUGACCCAAGUGUACUAGAUCUGAACGACCAUGAAGACACAGGGAGCUACUUGUUCGACUCGAUGCACAUCAUCAACAAGAGACUCUCCAUAAACUUCUUUGUACGAGACUUUAUCUCGACGGAGACCAACUACUUCCGAGCAAACCCUUUUCUCUUGCAGUGCCUUCAGAAAAUUCAGAACGAAGUAUCUCAGAAUGAUGAAAAGAUUGUUAUUCAAAGUGGGUACCAACCACUGCAGGUUACCGGCGGUAGUGCUGACACCUCUUUGACAUACAGAAGCACUGGCUCAGCUGCACUGGUUGGAUUGGAACCAGGGAUGACAGUUACCAUGGCAGAUGUUGUCGGCAUCGCUGUGCGGCUCUGUGUUCCGAUAUUCCAGAGAGCCAAUCGUGAUAUCGGGAUUGUUGUGUUCGAGGAAACUUUUGAGAUUCGAGUUCAGGGGAGCAGCGAGGAUGGUCCGAUAUUCUCGGCUGGUGACGAUUCAACGUUAAGUGCGAACGAAAUCCAGCAGAUAGCAUGGGAUAGUAUUGACGCUGUUUAUGGUUCAUCUAAGAUGCCAUUAUGUCCAGCUGAUGAAUCUAUGUCCAGCGGUCAGAUUUUUCCACCUGAUGCGGUGAAUCCCGAGGCCACAGUUGGAAAAAUUGACCACCCCAUAACCCGAGGCAACGUCACAGAUUUCGCUCGUUUGACCCAGUACCCCGGAAGACUGAUCGCUUUUAAGAACGAGGAGCGAACCUCAGCUUGGUGCGGUGAGCUGGAUAGGCUUUGUGUAGACUGCACGGAGCACAUGAAGGGUUUUAAUCUGAACAGCAGGUGUGCUGAUCGGACCAUGGCUGUACGCUUAAUGAUGACUUUAAAAACCUUGGCGAAACUCGUCAGUGAGGAAUGGCCCGGAGUGAAGUUGUUGGUGAUAGAAGCCUGGGAUGAACCACAUGAGGGCAGCACAUACCCAGAAGGCGACCAACCAGACGACUCGCUUCACUACGAAGGACGUGCAGCCAAGCUAGCAUUGUCCGAUGAGGACACGACCAAGCUUGAUCGUUUAGCCGGACUGGCUACAUGUGCUGCUUCUGACUAUGUGGAGCACAAAGGUGAUCACAUCUUUGUGGCAGUCAAGAAACAAGCCGGUAGCUCGGCCACACUGGUAACAUUCCCUCAUAGAGAACUGCUGGUUGUUGUGCCACCGGAAACAGAUGCUGCGGAGUACCAGCUACCAGAAGGCUUUGAAGGAACUGAGCGUGCCCGGCCGCUUUUUGAUAAAGAUCACAUGAUGGAUGCCAAGCUUUCUGAUGCAGCUAUAGUGAGCCAGUUUGUAUCUGAGAAUGGUCGGUACUUUCGUCUCAAUCCAAACCUUGUGAUGUGCUUCCAGGAUAUCAUCAACAAUGAGAACAAGUGGAAUCCAGAUGUUAAGGUUAAUGUUCUGAACGCCUUCAUGACCAACAAAGAGCACGACAACAUCAACUUCCUAGACCCACGGUUUAGCUCCCCCAUCUUGGGCCAGUCCAUGGAGUUGACCUAUGACCCAAUGAAUUCGGACGAAUCGACACACCAUCCGGAGCGCUUGAUGAGACAAGCACUUCUUCACUGCGGCCCUCGGUUCAUCAAGUCGGGAUUCAAUAUUGGAGUUGGUUUAUAUGAAGACUCUGUGUUCAUUGACAUGCGGAAGACGUUCCACGCAUGGGUAGAGAGGUCUAGCCUACUGGGACCCGGUGAGACUAAGGAAGAUUUCAAGAAAGAGCAGGCGCGUUGGUUACUACGAGCUGUAGAGGGUCGCAAUGUAGAUCCGCUUAAUCCGACUGAUGCUUGUUUGCGAUCGGUAAAACCAAAGAAACAGAGCCCUGACUUUAGCCAUGUAGCGACGACAACUACGUCCCCCGCAAACAGCAAUGAGUGUGUCCCUCAAGACAACACUGCAUUCUGUCGAGAGACGGCCAAGCACAGACAAGAACAGGUGGAUCGUAUUUGGGUUGAGGUAAAACGCAAGCAUCUUUACCAUGAUAAAGAUGAAGUUUUGCAAGCUCUUCAAGGAUGCAUCGGGGCCUGUGCAACUUGCAAGAAAGGUUCUUUCUACGAAGAUAAAGUUAAACACUGCAACAACUUCCUUCACUGGGUUCCCUUCGGUUUCCUGGAGCAACAAGACCAGACCAACUUCUACGUCAGGACCAAUAACAAGAUGAAGAUCCCAGCCUGCCGCAAUCACUGCAUCGACAAGACGCCCUUGUUCUCACUCAUGGUCCCAACCAUAGAAGCCCUCUACCGUCCAGACCCAAAGCGAAGCGUCAAAGAGCGUCUGUACUCCGAAGUCAAUAACCCCUCACCAGUCAACGAGCUCAUGCAGAAGUUGUACGCUAUCCACGCUUCAGGUGUCGUUACAGUCUGGGUGCACGACGUUGCGGAGUUGGACAUUCUGAAAGAACCACUCAAGGUUGUGAUGUUAUACAACAAGAAUGUUACCCAGGUGAAAGUCUACGCCACACCCCUAAACCAGCAGAGCGUGGCGGGAAAAAUGACGGAGCUGUCUGCUGAGUGGACAAGCGGAGGAUGUCUCGAUCAUUCCCGGACUUUUCUCCCUCCUUACGGACAAGUAGAAGACAUCCCGUCUGGUGUCAGCAAGCGCAGCCCUGAGCACGACCUGAGAGAAGCCAUGUUGGAGCGUCAUGGUAACUGGGAACGCAGAUGGAUUGUGGAUCAUCCCUUGAUCUAAGCAAGACGGCGAGAGAAUGAGACAUGGUUGGAGUUCAACAAACAUUUUUCUGAUUUUCUGCUUAGCAAAAAGGAGCAGGAUACCAGUCACAAAUAGUAAAUAUGACAGGGUAGUUUGGCUGGUAACCUUGUUCUGGUAAAGCAAAGUGUUGGUGAGCUUUACUACUUCUGCUUUAAGCAGCACCCUCUGUUGGGCCCGCUGAUUGUAAACUUUAACCAGGGCCCAAUUUCAUAGAGCUGCUUAAGCACAAAAAGCAAGUAAGGCUACGAGCCGAAAUGCUAAGUUACAUAUAAAUAUGUACAAUUUGUGACUGGUAUCCUGUCAUUUCUUCUUAGC